AUGGAGCGCUAUAACAAGAUUAAAUCUAUAGGUUCAGGUACUUUUGGCCAAGCUUGGUUGGUAGAAUCGGUCACUAGCCAGAGAAGGUAUGCAUUAAAGGAACUUGGUGUCACCGCUAUGUCAGAACAAGACCGCCCUCUUGCGUUGAACGAGGCCAAGAUUUUGUCGAAGCUAAAACACAAAAAUAUUGUGCGCUACAAAGAGGCGUUUGUAGCUCAAGGAAAGCUAUGUAUUGCUAUGGAAUUUGCUGAAAAUGGUAAGUGUAAGACUGGUUUGAAUUCGGUAGAAAUAGCAUAUCUAUAGUAGAAUACACUGCAAUCAGUUAGAAUUCAGACUUUUAUACGAAAUUAAGUAAAUACCUCUUAUUGUGGAAAGAGAUCAAGUGAUGAAGAAUAAGAAUGACUAAAAAUAUACUCAGCUAAUGCGAACUACCGCUAUUCUGAUCCAUAAAAUUUCCUCAUAUCCAGCAUAACAAUGUAUGCAGUUUUUGGUAGAAUUCCUGAAUGUGGUAGAUAUUUAACCGGAAAACGCAUACAUGAUAAGUGGAAGUGUUGUGCUAAAAUCUUGCCCUGGUUUUGAAAAUUUUAAUUUGUCUACAACAGGAGAUCUAUACACGAGAAUCAGGGAGAGAAAUGGACUAUACUUCUCAGAAAUGGUGAGUUAGAGAAUGUAGCAAGAAAUUUUACCGACUUCGGAGCUUAUACGAGAACAUUUCAAUAGUCACACCAUUAUGUGAAUGAAUGAAUGAAUAUAUGAAUGUAUUGUUCUUAUUUGUCACUGUUUCUUUUCUUUUUUUUCUUUUAACAAUUGUAGCAAAUUUUAGGAUGGUUUACACAACUUUGCCUUGCCCUGAAGUACCUUCAUGGACAAAAUAUUCUUCACAGAGGUUAGUGCUAAUUUCGUUAGUUAAAGUUUUGUUUUAAUCAUGUUUGCCAUUUCAAUCGCUUUUAAGACCAACAUUUUCUCAAAUAUUAAAACUUAAAAAUAAUGAUUUCUAUUUCAGACCUGAAAACUCAGAACAUUUUUCUCGGUAAAGAUGACAUCAUUAAGCUCGGAGAUUUUGGCAUUGCCCGGAUGUUGAAUAAUACUUUAGAUCAUGCGCAGACGACUGUGGGAACGCCAUAUUACCUGUCACCAGAGAUAUGUCAACGAAAGCCGUAUCCUUCCGUGAAAUAAUUUAAACUACCAUAUUUCAACCAUUCUUAGCGGGACUAGGCCGAGUUUAUCAUCACUGUACUUGUUGCUCUCUAGUUUAAAAAUAGCAGGACCAUAUACACAGUAAUGAGUUGAGUACAAAACUAAUUUCAGAGAGCUGCGUAGCUGACGGGAUUAGCGGGCGAGUGCUGUAGUCCGCGUAAAGAUUGGGUUCAAGUCAAACUGAAAUCCCCUCUCGGCUUCGGGCUCGCGAAAAUAGGGACUUUAAGAUCCAUCGACGAGCGCAUGUCAUAAAACAUGGACUGGACUGGAUUAGUAAAACAUGGACUGGAUUAAUAAAACAUGGAGUGAUAUAACAAGGAUUUAUGACCAAGUAAGAGAAGGGUUUUUUCCUAGGUUUCAUAGGAUCUGAAUAUGACAAACAUGACUUAGGUACAGUGUCACCAAGCCAAAAAAGUACGACAUAAGCCAAUAACACAGUAAACAAGCUAUUAGACAGGGGAAGUUGAGGAAAAUUACAAAAUGUUUGCUAACACGGUUUUCAUAACUCCAGGUAGAUUUAUGUUGACUGUAUUUUAUUUUAUUCGUCCAUAUCUCUCCAUGUUUUAUCAAUCCACGUUUUAUCACUCCAUGUUUUAUCAAUCCACGUUUUAUUAAUCAAUGCUUUAUCACUCCAUGUUUUAUUAAUCCAUGUUUUAUCACUGCAUGUUUUGUUAAUCCGGUCCAUGUUUUACCAAUGCACUCCAGUCCAUAUUUUAUCACAUGCCAUCGACGAGGACGGCAACGAGAACGUCAAAAAACAGCAGGUGUUAUAAGCAAAACAACAACUUCAUUUUGCACGUGCAUUGCGCUUGUUUGUACAUUUCUUUGCCUGUUUUUGCUCGACUACAACGUGAAAAUGGUUAAUUUCGCGUUUUACGGAGUACGUAAACAAGCAACGACUAAAUUAUAUUUCUCUUUCUGAACUUAGAUUUGGUCCUAGGAAUUUAACUCCAGGAGGGUUCGCCUCCCAGGGCCUAACGUAUUUGGUUGUCGCUUGCUUUUAACGUCAUGAAAAUUGUAUUUAUUACCUUUUUACAUUUACAAAGGAGGUAGUAUUUGAUGAGUCCUUAACAGCUUGUCAGCUACAAUCACAAGAGUGACAUGUGGUCACUGGGAUGCGUGUUGUAUGAAAUGGCUACACUAAAACACGCUUUUAAUGCAAACAACUUCUCUGCCCUUGUCAUAAAGAUCUUACAAGAGCAGUACCCCCCAGUACCUAGGUAAGUUCAAGAAAUAUUGUAGUGCGUAUUUAAUAUUCGAUAGCCUGUAGAAUCAUGAAACUGCCGGAUAAAUAUUCUCAAAGUACUGUUUAUUUUGAGAUGGACAAUCUUUAGAAAGCGACUUCCAAGUGCCGAUGUCAAUAAACAGAUUCAGGGAGCAAAGGUAGCAGUACUGAUUUACUGUCGAAUCAAGCCAAUGAAACGUUUCAACGAUCGAUUUAACUCUUGGUAUUUUUUUUUUCAGUUUUUAUGGACCACUUGUGGAGGACUUAGUUUGGGUCCUACUGCAAAAGAACCCAGAUGAUAGGCCCUCAGCGAAGCAGCUCCUUUACGUACCUUCGAUGCAACCUUAUGUGAAAAGGUUCCUCGUGAGUGAACGAGAGAGGACCGAAAGUCUCGCUUCGGACAUAGCUGAUGUCUCCUCUACAUCAUCAAGGUAUGACUGCUCUCAAAUGUCGGGUGCUGAAAAAGAGGAGAACAUACAGAACGCCAGUAGAAUGGUCGUCCCUGUUGCUGACAAAUCCAGCCCUUCAAAAGAUGCUGGAGGAAGCGUUUCUAAAGAUGUUAAUUCUCGCCAACGAAGAACAUUGCUUGACUACGCAACAAAACCUCAGACCAAAGUAACCGUAAUGUACGAGAAACAAGCUGUGAAGGAAAAUCCACGGGAAAUCCAAGGACAUUUUCAGGCAUAUAACAGUACACCAAACGAGCGGGAAAAUUUAACCACCCAAAGGGAUAUUCCAAAAAAGGGGGAGGCUAGCUGCUCGUUUCAGCAUGAUCACACAUCAAAACCGCGGGAAAACUGUCCCCGUUCAUCUGAUAACAUUGUUAAAGCAGGAGAGAAUUUGCGCGCCAGAUGUUCCCAUGGCACAAGGAAGCAAAGCCUUAUUGCACUGGCACAAGCACAGAGGCGCAGGUAUUCGGAACAGACUUCGACUUGCUCAGAGCCUGGAGCCAGAGUUCACAAAUCCCGGAUUCAUUCUCAAGGUUGUCGUGAAUUUGUAGAUGCUGAGGAUGAAGUUUUUACCAAGAAUCAGGCAACAGUUAUUCCUGUUAGAACUGCAAGAAACAGAAAUGUGGGGAUAAUACGGACACAAGUGAUUGAUAAAUACGUUUCUUCAUCUUGUAAAAGUAAUGUUACUACCAAUCCCGAGCAAAAAAAGCGAAAGCCAGUGUUUUCAGUGAGUCAACCAAAACGCUCUGAGGAUGCACACAAAAGUAAGCGUCAUCAUUCAGCUGUGAGCGACAGGAGCCUCCAUCCAGUUGAACAGAAACAUCAAUGGUAUCAAUAUCGACUUGAUCAUAGUGUUCAAGAUAAGGAGAACGUGAGUCAGGUUAGCUGGUUUCGACUAGUUAGCUGCAACAGGCCAUUUGUAUGGUUUGAUAAGGCUAUUUUACUACUACUACUACUACUACUACUACUACUACUACUACUACUACUACUACUACUACUACUACUACUACUACUACUACUACUGCUACUGCUACUGCUACUGCUACUGCUACUGCUACUGCUACUGCUACUGCUACUGCUAAUCCAUAGGGAACUAAAUUCUUUAGAACACGAAAAGGAACAGUUUAACCAUCUCGAUUAUGAGAUAACUGAGAGGGAAAUACGUCAAGCGGCGAAGAAAUUGAAAAAUAAGAAAUCACCAUUUGUUGACAAAAUACGAAAUGAAAUGAUCAAAGCAAGCCUCGAACCACUAAUGCCUGUCUAUGUCAAACUUUUUAACCUCAUUUUACAAUCCGGAAAAAUGCCAGAUGUUUGGUGUCAAGGCCUCAUAACCCCAAUUUACAAAUCUGGUGACAAGAGUGAUCCAACUAAUUACAGAGGCAUAUGUGUUUCUAGUUGCCUUGGAAAAUUGUUCUGUUCUAUUUUAAAUCGAAGACUUCACUUGUAUUUUGAGGAAAAUAAGAUAUUACAUAAUUCCCAAAUUGGCUUUUUGCCUGAAAACCGCACUGCAGACCAUGUUUUCACUCUAAGGACCCUAAUAGAUAAAUAUGUGCAUUAUCACAAGGAAAAAGUCUACGCUUGUUUCGUAGAUUUCCGCAAAGCGUUUGACUCUGUUUGGCACGAAGGAUUGUUUUAUAAGCUGGUAAAAACGAAUAUAGGAGGAAACUUGUACAACCUCAUGAAAAGUCUUUAUUGCAACUCGACAUGUUCCAUCAAAAUCGGUGAAAACAAAACACAGCCUUUUUCAUCUGACCCAUUUGUUCUCCCAAAUGGGAGAAAAAUAAAUUCACUUUUCUACGCAGAUGAUUUAGUUAUUCUAUCAAGAUCGAAAACUGGAUUACAGAACUGUUUAAAUGCGCUUUCUUUGUAUUGUGACAAACGGAAGCUAAAAAUUAAUCCGAAGAAAACAAAAAUUAUGAUAUUCCAGAAACGCCCAAAAAAAUCUAUUGACAUCAAAUUCAACAUAGGCAGUGAGUCAAUUGAAAUUGUCCAAGAAUACACUUAUUUAGGUACACGUUUAACUCCAACGGGAAACUUUACACUUGCACUCGAACACUUAAAAGAAAAGGCCCUUCACGCGUUUUCUAGUAUUCCGAAGCGGACAAUUCUUAACAAACUUAAUCCUAAUACUGCAUCCCAAAUUUUUGACACCAUGGUAUUCCCAAUCUUGAGUUACAACAGCGAGGUAUGGGGAAUGUAUACCAAGCAAGAUUUUAAAAAAUGGGAUAGCUACCCAAUAGAAAAAAUCCACCUCAAAUUCUGUAAACGUUACUUAGAGGUUAACAAUAAGGCCUCUAACAUAGCCUGCAGAGCUGAACUUGAUAGACUGCCGCUGCUUAUCCCGAUAAAUCAGAAAAUUAUGAAAUAUUUUGUUUUCCUCAACAACAAAGAUAAUGACUCUAUAGUCAAACAGUCUUUCCUUAUGUCAAAGAAUCUACAUUCUAUGAAUAAUUCCGGAUAUUUUUCCAAUUUCAUAAACAUGCUUGAACAAUACAAUCUAACCAGUUUAGAUGCUGAAUCUCUAGAUAAUGAUAAAAUUAGACGAUAUACCACAGAAAUGAGAGAGAAAUAUCUAUCUUUUUGGCGGCACAGCCUCGAAAAUUCAAAAAAAAAACUAGAAUUUUAUAAAAAUUUUAAAGAUGAAUAUUCUACAUCUGAUUAUCUCUACCAGCUAAGACAUUAUGACGAACGACAGAAUUUUGUUAAAUUUAAAAUAAGUAAUCACAAACUUAUGAUUGAACAUGGUCGAUACCAAAUCGAUCAUUUGCCAAGAGAAAAUAGAUUAUGUCCUUUAUGUAACUCAAAUCAGGUAGAAGAUGAGAUUCAUUUCCUCUUUCAAUGUAACAAAUACUCAGUACAGAGACAGGCAUUUAUUAAUCAAAUCAAUCGAAUAAUACCUGACUUUGACAAGAAAUCAUCUCCAGAAAGCAUAAAACUGAUAAUGAAUUCGAAGGAACAUCAUGUAAAUAAGUUAGUUAUGAAGUUUGUUUCCUCCUGCAUGAAAAUACGUGAUUCAUUGUUAGUAAUGUAACCGAAUUUUUCUAGAUUAUUAUUAGCGCUGUUUUGUUUUAUAUUUUGAUUGUCAUAUACAUGCUUUUGCAAUACUGUAAAAUGAUGCGGUCAUGCAAAUAAAGCAAUUUAUUACUAUUACUAUUACUAUUGCUACUACUACUACUACUACUACUACUACUACUACUACUACUACUACUACUACUACUACUACUACUACUACUACUACUACUACUACUACUACUACUACUACUACUACUACUACUACUACUACUACUACUACUACUACUACUACUACUACUACUACUACUACUACUACUACUACUACUACUACUACUACUACUACUACUACUACUACUACUACUACUACUACUACUACUACUACUACUACUACUACUACUACUACUACUGCUGCUGCUGCUGCUGCUGCUGCUGCUACUACUACUACUUUUUAAUAUACACCCAAAGCAGCCUCGUCUUUUUAAAAACACUUCAGUGUUACGAAGAAAACUAAAUGUAGAUUAAACUCCCACGCAGGCGUUUUUAGGCUGAUUUCGUCCCUCCAUGUAAACGGCGUCUGUGGGGAGAGACGAAAUACGAACUCCCCUAAAAACGCCUGCGUGGGAGGCUAAAUGUAGAGUGCUUUCAAAUAUUUUAUACCAUAAGCAAUGAUGAUGAUGUUGUUGAUGAUGAUGUUGUUGAUGAUGAUGAUGAUGGUGAUGAUGAUGAUGAUGAUGAUGUUUAGUGUUAUUACUGUUAUAAACAAGACGUGCUUUGGGAUGACCGUCGAAAAAAAUUUUGUGGCAGUGAAUCUGGUUUUCAGUUAGCUCUUAUUGAGGAUCGUAUUUAGAGAGGGAAGGGUUAGUUACGAUUAAAACGUGUAGAAAGUUUUUUUUUAGUUGAAAACAUAAGAAAAGGAGGUUUGAUUUUUACUGCGAUUAGGCCUUUAUUUUCUUCACGGAUAGUAAAGGUAGCCGCAACUACGCAGGGGCCGUGAAAAUUACCUCCUUUCUUUGUUCUGGCUUCGUGUUUCUUUCCUCGCGUGCGCCGAUAUCUCAUGCGCUGUCGCAUUCUUCUCCAUCCACUCUCUCUCCGAGGAAAUUAUGGACUACCUGUCAAAAACUCUCUCAAAUUUUAGUUUAUUUAUCAUUAUUCUUUUGUCUAUGUUCUUUUUAUGAUUCCAGGAAAACUCUUUGAGUUCGCAUGUUCAAGAGAAACGUCCUAUCUCUUCUAAGGUAUUUAAAGAGAUUCAAGCCUCUUAUGGGAAACAGCAAAUGGCGAAACCUUCCUCGGAAGAAAUUGAUGACAAGGUCGAAUAUCGGAAAAGAACGUAUACAAUAUCAAAUUACCCGCGACCAUCUGAAUUCGAAAUCCCGGAAGUAGUUGGAAAGGAGCACACUAGAAGUGACAACAAAGAAAGUGAAAUUUGUAAAGACGCAAAUUUGAGCGUCGGUCAAAGCGCAAAAGGACGGAAGUAUGAGAUAACUGCCAAAGCGAACUUAAAAAACCAGACGCUGGGAGAAGCGAAUCAAAGCAGGACCCAUGGUCAAACACCAAGGUGUAAAUUCAUCUUUUGUGGAAAGACUUUACACCUUGACAAUGUUACCGACCAUGAUUCAGUCUACUCACACAUGGAGGCACUGCGCAUGCACUUGGAGGAAAAAUUAGGUACCAGACUUCUGACCGAGGUUUAUCGUUACGUCACAAAUGUGCCGCUUGAGGAACAUGAAAGGGUGAAGCAAACGGUUUUGUGUAUGCUUGGGGAAGAAUACAUGACGUAUUUCCCGGUUUUACUUCAGCUUGUGGCUUGCGAGGCAUUAUACUUCCAUUGA